CUGAACGGAUUUUAAGUUUUUGCACUGAAUUUCAUUGAUGUGGCAUGAGUGGUCCUUCACAUGUCUUCUUGGUUAUAUCAAAACUAAUUAUUAGAAAUAUACGUGUGAACUAUAUUUCUAAGCGGUGCAGACGGUGUGUUCCAAGGCACUUCCGUCAACAAAGCAACAUGCCACCGAAACGUAAAAACGUGCCAAGCAAGAAAGAUGAAAAAGAAUCUGCAAAAACCAAGAAGAAAACGAAAAUAUCAGAUUCCAAGAAAGGCGCCAAAGUUAAAACCAGUGAACCACCUCCCCACAAGGACGAGAGUACGAAAAUUGCAUCAUCCAAUCUUGAUCUCUUACACUACUUGACUGAAGAAUCAUGGAGAUCCCUCUUGAAAGAAGAGUUCAGCAAGGAUUACUUCAAAAAUCUGACUGCCCAGCUGAGUAGAGAUUAUGCAGCAGAAAAGGAAAUCUUUCCACCAAGAGAACUCAUCUUUAAUGCACUGAAUGCUGCUCCAGUAGAUAAGGUAAAAAUCGUUAUUCUUGGACAGGAUCCAUACCAUGAUAAUGGGCAGGCCAUGGGUAUGGCAUUUUCUGUCCCUCGUGACUUUCAGCCUGUCCCUCCAUCUCUGAAGAAUAUGUACAAAGAACUGGCUGUAGAUAUCCCAGGAUUCCAAAUUCCAUCCCAUGGGUCUCUGGAGACGUGGGCGCAGCGAGGGGUGUUGCUGCUAAAUGCAACACUAACUGUGGAGGCCCAUCAGCCAAACUCCCACUCCAAAUAUGGAUGGCAGAAGUUCACUGACUCAGUCAUCACUCACAUCAGCCAGGAUUGCCGCGGGGUGGUGUUUAUCCUGUGGGGAGGUUUUGCACAGAAAAAGGAGAAAUUAAUCGAUGACAGCAAGCACUGUGUUAUAAAAGCAGCCCACCCCUCUCCUCUCAGCUUUAAUAAAUUCUUUGGCUGCAAAUGUUUUUCUAAGGCUAAUGAUGCUCUUGUUAAAAUGGGCCGUGAUCCUGUGAAUUGGAGUAUUGUUUGAACUGCUAGACAAAGGGUACAGUUUAGCACAUGUAUUUGUGCAAAAUAAGUACAUGCACAUGUUAGUUUGUGGUUGUGCAUGUGCGCAUGUAGGUGUUUGUGGUUUGUGGCCAGGAAUUUAAAAGAGCAGCUCAUUUUCUUUAAAAUUUGACUUUUUUCCGUCAGACCUACAUGUGCAUCAGGACAGGUCACAUUUUGACUGCAAGUGGACCUUUUCUCAGCCAAGUUUGGUUCUUCUGUCUACAGGCCUUAUAUGAAAGGAAGAGAUUUACACCCCAUUUCCAUAGAUUAGAUCGACCUACUUUAGAUCGACCUAAAUCCCUGGGGGUUCACGCUAAA